AUGUCAGACACCGCAAUUUCGGUCGACCUUAACCUUGACCUCAACCUCAACCUUGACCUUGACCAUGACCAUGACCAUGAUAAUCACCGUGACCCUACCCUCAACACACGAGACCAGGUCUAUAUACAGUCAUUAGAAGCCUCGCUCCAGGACUCGUUUCGCUUGAUGUGUUCCAAGGAACAGGUUGCUUUGGCCCGCUCGAUGAGAAUCCUAACCAAAUCAGAACGGAAGGAAAUGAAAAGGUGCGCAAAAAUAUGGAAACCCACCCCUAUUUCCUCAACGCCUGAUAAUACCAGCCCAAAUGAUCGCAAUAAUGAAGAGUGGAAUGCAACUAUCGAAUGUUUAAUGACCCUCAGAGACCGGUACCAGUCCCAGCUAGACCUAAUGCGGGUCCGUUCACUGGAGUCUGACGCUCAUCGAUCGGACAUGCUGACCUGUGUCCAGGACUUGAGCAGGCGACUAGGCGACUCUGGCCAGACACACGAGGAACUCGAGUCUCUGUCGGGCGCACUUGAACAAUUGCGACGCCAGUGGAAGAAAAGCAAACCCGAAAUCGAGAGCAUCAUCCACUCGAUCCUUUCGGCAACACCCUUGGCUGCCUCUGGCUGUCGAGUGGUCAGGGCCACACGCUCAAAUAUCGGCUUGCUCGGUCUCGGAUACCGCUCAAUCAACAAACACUACCUCGUAUUCGAAUCUGGUCGGACACCACUCGAGGACUGCAAAGAGAUCCUCUUGAAGAUAUCAAGCGAUUUUGGCCAGGUCUUUGAAGAAAACGCAGCCCAGAACCUGGCAAGCAUGGAAGGAAACUACCAGCACAUCUUUAUGGACCACCAGGACACCGGCGACGAGCAGCAACAAGUGAUGCAGGACAUCCAGAGGCUGGCCGAUAGCAUAUUCACUCAAUCGGCACCUACUCUCAUUAUUGGGCACCAGCCCGGAUCUCAACCAAAACCCAACAAAAAACCCACUCUUGAGCACGAGCACAAUCCCACACAUAUUUCCCAGAGUGGCAAUGAUAAUGGCACUAUUAUUGGUGAUGGCACUAUCAUUGGCAAUGGUAAUUUUGAUGGUGGUGGUGGUGGUGGUUCUGGAAAUACAAACUCUCAGUCUCAAGUACUGGUCCAAAGUCAGAGUCAGAGUCAGGUUGAGAGCGAAGAUAAUUCUCCACUGUUCACAAUGUCUAGACCAGUGUUUGAGCCCGCUGGUUGGGACUGGCCUACACUCUUGAAGCACAAGCAACCAAACACUAGAAAGACCGGCUGGGUCCGGCCAUUCUUUCAACGUACGUUUUCUAUUCGUUCCAAAUCGACCACUGCAUCUACUACUUGCACAACUGUUACUGCUACUUCUACUGGCUCUACUACUGCCACUGGUAUUACGAAUGUCAGUAGUAAUAUCAAUAGCAAUAGCAAUAUCAAUAUCAAUAUCAAAACAACUGGCCUUUGGACCUGCUCGAUAUCUCGGCUCGCUGAUCAUUUUGCAAAAGUCGGUCAUGACUAUUACACCAAUAUGCUUAACAAUACCAACCUGAUGCAUUCUCACCAGUCCCAGCUAUUUGAGUCUUCCACACGUCUUUUAAUGAAGUGCUACCAAGCUCUUCAGAUCGAACAUGCCCAUGCCAACAUCAUUUCUACGAGUGUUCAAGUCUACCAAUUGAAACAAGAGGCAGAAAGAACAAAUCAUCACAGCAUUACUCCAUAG